GGAGAAAGGAUGGGGGGGAGAGGAGAGCAAAGCGCAGAGGAAAGGAGGGCCGCCAGCCGCGCUCGCAGCCCCCACCUGGUCCCCUCUGGGGACUGCGGGCCACCCGCACAGGCCAGUCCCGGGCCGGCUGCCAGGUCCCGCCCUCCGGGGCCUCCGGUCCCGCCCUUCUCUGGAUUUAGUCCUGGCCUGGCCGCCCCGGCCGCUCCGUAGCUGCCGCUUCCGCCUUCGCCAGGUGAGGGUCAGAAAAGAGGGCUGCUGGGGCUGGCGGAGCAGCUGUCGCUUGGGGUGCCCACGCGGGUGCUGAGCUUGCCCGCUUCCCCUCCCCUGGUUCUUCCCCUGCGAGGCCGCUUUCCCUCCUGUCCCCUGUCCCUUGCUUUCCCAUUCCCACCUUGCCAGCGAUCUGGGGGCCCCUGGGUCCUGGGCUUUCUCCUUCCUCGUUCCCACUCACUCCCAAUUCCUGGCCCUUUUCCGGGUUUCCAUCUGGGCCCAGCCUGGGAUCCUCCCUUCCUCCCGGCUUGCCUAAAGUGGAGGAGGGAGGGGUCCAGAUAUGAGUAAGGGAGAGUGUGUGCAGGCAACCAGCACCCGAGCACCCAGAGCCUUGUUUAAUGAAGAUCGGUGGAGCUGCCUUAAAGCCACAUUGGACUGAGUGACCCCGGUGUGCCGUCAGGGCUCUAUCCAGAGCUGAGCUCAGACAUGCUCCCCGAGGCGGGCUCCCCGUGGCUGCUGCGGCUGCUCCAGGACACUCAGCUGGCCCAGUUUUACCGACCCAUCCUUGAGGAGCUUAAUGUUACUCUCCCAGAGCACUUCGACUUUGUAAGGCCUGAGGACCUGGAUGGCAUUGGCAUGGGCCGGCCUGCCCAGCGCAGACUGGCUGAAGCUUUGAAGAGGCACCAUUCUAGGCGGAAGUCUAAGAACUGGGUCUACAGGAUCCUUGGGGGUUUUGUGCCUGAGCAGAAGGCGACCACCCCACCCUCCAACAGCCCUCUGUGCCUCCCUGAACUAGACAGGGGACUCAAAUGUCUGAUCCCAGAUGGUGCUGUGUGCAGAGGGGAGCUGCUGGGCUCUGGCUGCUUUGGUGUGGUGCACCGUGGGCUGUGGACACUGCCCAGCGGCAAGGGGGUCCCAGUGGCUGUCAAGUCCCUCCGGGUGGGUCCUGAAGGCCCCGUGGGCACAGAGCUGGGGGACUUCCUGCGUGAGGUGUCCGUCAUGAUGAACUUGGAGCACCCACACGUGCUGCGUCUGCACGGCCUGGUACUGGGCCAGCCCCUGCAGAUGGUGAUGGAGCUGGCGCCACUGGGAUCCCUGCAUGCGCGCCUGACGGCCCCGGCCCCGACAACCCCGUUGCCCGUGGCCCUGCUCUGCCUCUUCCUGCGGCAGUUGGCGGCGGCCAUGGCGUACUUGGGGGCCCGCGGGCUGGUGCACCGAGACCUUGCUACCCGCAACCUGCUGCUGGCUUCACCCCGCACGAUCAAGGUGGCGGACUUCGGGCUGGUGCGGCCGCUGGGUAGCGCCCGAGGCCGCUACGUCAUGGGCGGGCCGCGCCCCAUCCCCUUUGCCUGGUGUGCUCCAGAGAGCCUGCGCCAGGGCGCCUUCUCUUCUGCCUCGGACGUGUGGAUGUUUGGGGUGACGCUGUGGGAGAUGUUCUCCAGGGGCGAGGAGCCCUGGGCCGGGGUUCCACCGUACCUCAUCCUGCAGCGUCUGGAGAAGGACGGAGCCCGGCUGCCUAGGCCUCCGCUCUGCUCCAGGGCUCUCUAUGCCCUUGCUUUGCGCUGCUGGGCCCCCCAUCCUGCUGACCGGCCUAGCUUUUCCUACCUGGAGGGGCUGCUCCAAGAGGCCUGGCCUCCUGAGGGACGUUGUUUGAGGGAUGUCUCGGAGCCAGGUGCUCUGAGGAUGGAGCCUGGUGACCCCAUCACGAUCAUCGAGGGCAGCCCCAGUGCCACAACCUGGAAGGGCCAGAAUGGUCGCACAUUCAAAGUGGGCAGCUUCCCAGCCUCAGCAGUGACACUGGCAGACUUGGGAGGUUCACCAGCCACCCGUCCAGUCCACAGAGGCCCCCCUGCCCAGGGAGAGCAACAACUGGGAAGCAUAGAUGGGGACAGAGCAAAGGCAACUCUCCGGGAUCUACCUUCAGCACAGGGCCAGAGAAAGAACGUGCCCUUGCAGAGGAUGAAAGGCAUUUCCAAGAGUCUGGAAUCCAUUCUGUCCCUGGGCCCACGCCCCACAGGGGGUGGUUCAAGCCCCCCUGAACUUCGACAUGCCAGAGUUGUGCCCCAGGGAACCCCAGGCCUGCCACCCCGCCCUUCCUUUGCCUCCAGCUCUUCUCAGCCCAGCCAACCUCCCAAGGAACAAUCCCCAUGGCCCAAAAGAGAACCCCCCCACAAUUACCCCUUGGGAGCACCUGGAGCCAGUAAAGUCACUGUCCUCCCUGGAGGCCUUUUGCCUGACCCUGAGUUGCAGAGGAGGAUUAUGGAGGUGGAACUAAGCGUGCAUGGGGUCACCCACCAGGAGUGCCAGGCAGCACUAAGGGCCACUGGGGGAGAUGUGGUUUGUGCCAUCCGGAACCUUAAGGUCGACCAGCUCUUCCACCUGAGUAGCCGGUCCAGAGCGGACUGUAGGCACAUCCUGGAGCAUUACCAAUGGGACCUCUCAGCUGCCAGUCACUAUGUCCUGACCCGGCCCUGAGCUCUUCUACCUUGGGCAUGGACCAAGGGCCUGGCCAUGCGGGACCAAGCAGAACUGGAACAUGUUCCUAUUGGGGCAGACUUUUCCAACUGGGGAGAUCCUGCUGUAGGCAUGGCCAGGGGGAGCCCAGGGUCAGACACUGUCUCCUCUUACCCUGCCUCUUGUUCUCCCUUGGCUGGGCCAUAGAAAUACUAGUUCACUCUGCCACGACAUUCCCAACCAAGAGGAGGACUAGGAGGAACAGAGCUACUACACACUGUACCCACAGAAAGCUUCUGCUUAUGACAGAGGAUCAUCAUGUGGCCAUACUCCAUGGGAGCAGCCAUCUUGGAUGAUGGAAGCAGCCCUGGCAACUUGGGGCAUGUGGCCCAAGCUGCCUUGGCUUGGCCCAGGGCUGCCAUGGGCAAUGAAAGAUGCUCUCUUGGACUCAAGGACAUUUGAUCCUGGCAGCAUGGAUUAUGAGAUGGGCCAGACCCUGCCCAGUCCAGCUGUCAUAUUUCCCUUUGUUUCUUCCCACACCAACUUCCUUCUACCCUCUCCCAUCACAUACAUCUUCUAAUGUCCAAAAAAUUACAAAGUUUAUAUGAA